AUGGACUCAUACUUCUCUCCCCCAGGGACAGAGACUCCCACCAGUGAUGCUGAAUUCCCCUUUCCCUCUCGCUCUCAGUCUUUCCAGUCCUUGAACUCCCUGUCCCAGCCGGGCACUCCUGACACAGAGCGGGAUGUUCUUUUCAGUGGACCGCCUUCUCGCGCCUCGUUCGCGUUGAACUCAGACGAGUAUGUGCUGGUGGUAGGCGGUCUGGGUUACAUUGGCAGCCAUACGGUAUGGGAGCUGGUGAAAGACGGUCGCAACGUUGUCGUUGUCGAUAACCUCAGCAACGCCUUCAUGGGCGUGCUCGACACGCUGAACGACAUGGCGGAUAAACACACCAGCUCUCUUGGCCUCCGUCGCCCUGACUUGCACUUCUACGAAGCCGACUUUAGAGACGACAUCAAGAUGGGACAGAUUCUGCCCCUUUACUCUACUCCCGGGGGCUCAAAAAUCAAACGAGUCAUCCACUUCGCUGCUUACAAGUCCGUCUCUGAGAGUAUUGAGAAGCCGCUCAAGUACUACGACAACAACGUGGGCGGCCUGAUUCGGUUCUGCAGCAUGCUGUCGAGCUUUAACAUCAAGUACCUCGUCUUUUCGUCAUCGGCUACCGUAUACGGCUCUCUCGCUGACCAAGGCGGCCGUCUCGUCGAGGAGGCGUGCACGCACACCACGACUGAGUGGAGCGACGCUAGCGGCCAGGCACGCACCACGCUCUCCGGGUGCACGGGGCUGACCAACCCCUACGGACGGAGCAAGUGGAUCUGUGAGGCUAUUUUGGCGGACUUGGCCGUUGCAGAUCCAGAGUGGACCAUCGUGGCGCUUAGGUAUUUCAACCCCAUCGGCUGUGACGAGUCUGGCCGUCUGGGCGAGGAUCCACGUGUUACGCCUACAAACCUGAUGCCCGUCGUGCUCAAGGUCAUGCUGGGCGAGAUGGAUCGGCUGCACGUCUUUGGGACCGACUGGGACACGCGGGACGGCACCGCCAUCCGCGACUUCAUCCACGUCUCCGACCUCGCCCGCGGCCACCUCGCCGCCCUCACCGUCAAGGAGAAGCAGGGGUUCCAGGUAUUCAACGUCGGCACCGGCACCGGCCACUCUGUGUACGAGGUUAUCGACGCUGUGCAGGCGGCGUUCGGGAAGGACGUUCCCAUGAUCAAGGCCGGACGCCGUGACGGUGACGUGGGCGUCUGUGUAGCCGAUCCCCAACGGGCCAUGGCCGAGUUGGGAUGGAAGCCGCAGAAGACGCUACUUGACAGCUGCCGCGACCUGUGUCGGUUUCUGCAGGCUAACGGGGCUGGUGUCGGUGUGUGA